AUGGUACUCUUGGCCAGGAGCCAGCAGGACCACCUUGCGGGCGCAUCCGUAGCGAUAGGCAUAUCAUUGCUUGCGUGGGUAGUGACGGUCUUUGCUCUCCUCGUCAUCCACGAACAGACGCUUCUCGCGAAUCCUACUUGGAUGAUUCUCGGAAUCCCCCCGAUGUGGUCAAUCAUGAUCACAGCCCUGCAGCCAUCGCUAACCGACGCGAUUCUCCUCAUUCCAAUCUCCAUCACGCCGUUUUCGUGGAAGUUGGUCAUCGUCAUGCCAGCGUCGUUUGAGUACAAACGAGAAAUGGGCGGAAAGUUCCCAAGUCCGGAGAAGUACGAAGUCCCUAGGCCUCUACCAGAGGACUACACCAUGCGAGGCCUCAUUCACCCGGAGGACCACAAUCCUGGGAUAUUACUCACGAACGGGAAAAUCGAUGAGGAGGAGAAUUAUACCGAACCCACGCCACUUGCUGGCCAACGAAAGGAGCGAAUGCUGUACUUGGAAUACAAAAUUGCACCUCAGGACCAGUGGUUAACCUGCGCACCAGCACAUGUCACCUUCUCGUUGAUGAAUCAAAUGCUCUGA